AUGGCCUCCGAUCCCUUUCAAGAGGCCCAAGAAGACAUCAUCUCCCUCCUCCAACAAACACGACCACUGCUCCAAUCCUAUCUCCGUAUCCGCUCCUCAGCCUCCAGUGCAAACUCUCCGGAACUGAUCGAAUCGCGACAAGAGCUCGAGAGUACCCUCACAGACCUGAGCGCAGACCUCCAAGAUCUCGUCGAAAGCGUCCGAGCAGUCGAAGGCGACCCUUAUCGCUAUGGCUUGGACGUCGCAGAGGUCGGUCGCAGACGGAAACUGGUCGAAGACGUGGGACGAGAAGUGGAAGAUAUGCAUCGACAAUUGAAUCAGACUGUGGAGGCAGCGGAUGCGAGGAGGAACAGUGUUGGAAAGGGCAAAGGUGCUGCUUCGGGCUUGGCGAAUCCGGAUACAUUCGAGGAUAUGGAUGACGAAGGGGAUGAUGGGUAUGGUGCGUGGGAAGAGCAGAGGCAGAUGGAGAUUAUGCAUGAGCAGGAUGAGGCCCUGGACGGGGUGUUCCAGACUGUCGGCAAUUUGAGGGCACAGGCUGAUACCAUGGGCCGAGAGCUCGAAGAGCAGGCGGAGCUGCUUGAAGAUACGGAGAAUAUCACGGAUCGAGUUGGUGGGAAGUUGCAGACGGGUAUGAAGAAGAUACGUUAUGUCAUUGAGAAGAAUGAGGGUGAGUUCUUGAUGCUACAGCCCGGAAAGCUGUGCUUGCAGUGCAAUUCGGCACAUCUGCUGACAUACGACUUAGAUCGGUAUUCCGGCUGCUGCAUUGCAGUCCUGAUCUUCGUUCUCAUCUUGCUACUCAUUCUGGUCUUGGUCCUAUGA